AUAAGACGCCCAAGCAGGGGGCUAAAAUUAGCCCGAGAGCCCUUAUUUGAUCGGCGGCCGGCAGCAGCGCAGCUGUCCACUUAGCCGGCUGGCGCUAGCCUUCGCUUUCCUUCCUAGUCGGUGCCCCGACGACCACCCCCCUGGUCCCCUUCCCUUCUCUCGCUAUUCUGGCCCAGGGAGAAACCCGCGAUGUGGGGCAGCCCCUUGCCCUAGCUGGUCCCCAGCGACCUCACAGAGGCCCGGCGGCGACGUAGCCGGGCUGGCCGGCGGCUCACCAGACACCGCUCCGUCGAGGCACAGCCAAGCGACUCGCAACCCGCCCGGCCAGCAACCAGCUCGUGAGUAUCUUCAGCCAGGUGGCCUCCCCGUCUCUCCACCCGCCUGGCCAUGACUCCGAGUCCUCCACCUGGAGAGGCAGAUCGGUUUUUUCCCGGGGCGGCUGGGAGCUGGUCCCGCUUCACACGUGCGCGCCUACAAGCAACUCCCAGGCUCUCUUUCUACGCGCUGGAUCGCUGCCCACUUGGCCUGGCCUACUAAGCGGAGGAGGUGGCGGGGAUGGAUUGCGAUACUUGGGGGGGGGGGCGGGGAGGGGGGCAAUUAACCCUGGUACGUGGACAAAACCAGAAUAUUUUUCCCUGAUAUGAAGUGAAAUUUGUUGGUUUCUAGAAUGGGUUUUGCUGUUGUUUUCCGACAGGAAGCCCUGAGAAACGGUGGUGCAAUCCUUUCAAGAUUCUAAUUCCGAGUUCCACUGCAUGUCUCCACCUACAACAGACGUAUUACAUUCGUGUACAGUCAUUGUGCAGAUUUAUUUUUUUGCAUUUUUGUCCACCUUUUUCUUCCAAGGUGGCACACAUGGUUCUCCUCCUCCCUCAUUUCACACUCACAACCUCCCUGUGUGGUAGGUUAGGCUGAAAGCUAGCAACUGGUUCAAGGUCACCCAAUGAACUUAAGGACUGAGCAAGGAUUUGAACCCUGGUUUCCCAGGUCCCAGUCCAACCUCAUAUAUCAUACUGCCAUAGGGAUUGUGGAAGGAAUAAGUGCACCUCAGGGCCAUUCAGCUGGUUAGAAUUAUUGUGGUAUGUAUUAACACAAAUUUCAAAACUGCACUUGAUUGUCCUUGUAACUGUUAUAAAAAUUAUUUUGACUGUUUUAAAGGAUAUGCCUGUAAAUUACCUUGGGGCAUAUUAUGUGGAGAGUGAUUUGCAGACUAAAUAAUAAUGCAAAUAAUAAUAUUAAGCUUGGAUACACAGGAACAUAAUGGGAUGUGGGUGGCGCUGUGGGUUAAACCACUGUGCCGCUUGGGCUUGCCUAUCGAAAGGUCAGCGGUUUGAAUCCCUGCAAUGGGGUGAGCUCCCGUGGUUCGGUCCCAGCUCCUGCCAACCUAGCAGUUGAUAAAUAGAUAAAUAGGUAGAUAAAUAGAUAAAUAGUAGAUAAAUAGGUACAGCUCUGGCAGGAAGGUAAAUGGCAUUUCCAUGCACUGCUCUGGUUUCACCAGAAGCAGCUUAGUAAUGCUGGCCACAUGACCUGGAAAAACUGUCUACGGAAGUGGACAAACACCGGCUCCCUUGGCCUGUAAAGAGAAAUGAGCGCCACAACUCCAGAGUCGUUCGCGACUGGACCUAAUUGUCAGGGGUCCCUUUACCUUUUUACACAGGAACAUAGGAAUCUGCCUUAUACUUAGACCUUUGAUCUAUCUAGCUUAGUUUUGCCUACACUGAAUGGCAGCAUCUCCAGAAUUCCAGACUGGAUACAUUCCCAACCCCAAUUGGAGAUGCUGGGGAUUAAACAUGGAACCUUCUGCAUGCAAAGCAGGUGCUCAAUGACAGCCUUGUUUAGACCCUGGCCUUAAUACUCUCACAGGGGCUUCCUUAGACAGACAUUUAUUACUUUGGUUGUGAAGCACACAAUUAACAUUCCCCACCCCCCAUACACCAUGCUCUUUACAUUCCUUAUAUCAGAACUUUCCAAACUGUUUGUUGCGACAUGUUAGUGUGUCAGCUGCAGUGUGUAGGUGUUCCGUGCAACUGCUCCCUGCGUUCCUCCCAGGGCUGGAAAUAAGUUAGUUUGAUUCCGGUUUGCUAGUAAAACUGAAUUACUGUGUCACAAAAUGGUUCAUGUCUAAAAAGUGUGUCACCAACAUGUAAAGUUUAGAAAGCUCUGCCAUAUAUGUUAAAACUAAAAGGCAUUCUGGCCAACCCGGAUUAUUAUUAUUAUUAUUAUUUGGAAUAAGAAAAUAAAUACUCUACUCACAUGCAGUUUUACUUUUAGACUCACCUAUAGCAUGAUCAUGAGAAUGGGAAUAAAAUAGGGUUUGUGUCUGCUGCCCUAAAGCUAAAUGCCUUGAUUUAGAAAUGAGCCCCGUUUUGUUGAAGAAAAGGAUAAUGUGGUUAAAGUAAAGAUAACAAAACGAGCAUUUCUAAUAAUGUACUUGCCUUGCUGGCCACCUUGACUUUAAAUGGAAUAAUAAUAAUGAGAAGAAAAUAAAGGAUGCUGUGGCAAGCUGGACUUGUUUGCUGCUGGUCCCAUCACCUACUGCUUCCUGACGCCAGAGCUAAGGUCCUGCACAACUAUAUAGAACACCCCUCUUGUAUGUACCCCUCUUUACAUUAAACUCAUUAUGGUAGGCCUCUUUCAGUAUGCUGCCCCAGCCUGAAGUUUGGAGGCCUCUUUGGUGGUGGUCCCUCAGCUCUGAAUUGGUUUCCCUAAAGAAGCUCGUCUGGUGCCCACAUUGUUGUCCUGGAAUAAAAUGAGAGGUCCUCUUGUAGAUCAGGAGCUGGUUAUGUAGCAGGAAGCAGAGAGUAGGAAUAAAUGGAUAAUUCUUUGAAUGGAGGGGUGUAGAAAAUGCAGUCCUCCAAAGAUCAGUAUUGGGAACUGUGUUUUUAAACUUGUUAAUAAAUGAUCUGAAGUCAGGGGUGAGCAGUGAAGUGGCCAAGUUGGUGGAUGGUACUCAAUUCAGAAUCCUUAAUACAAAAGGGUUGUGAAGAGCUCUCCAAACUGAGUGAAUGAGAAGUAGAAUGGCAAAUGCAAUCCAGUGUAAACAAGUGUAAAGUGAUACAUGUUGGGGCAAAAAAAUAAAUCUUAAUUUCACAUGUGCACUCAUGAGGUCUGAACUGGAGAUGACUGAGCAGGAAUGAGACCUUGGGGUCAUAGUAGGUAGCUCAAUGAAGAUGCCAACCCAGUGUGCAGCAGCUGUGAAAAAGGCAAAUUCCAUGUGAGGGGUCAUUAGGAAAGGAAUUGGAAAUAAAACAUCAUAAUGCCUUUCUAUAUAGGCUUGCAAGCUCAUUUGGAAUAUAGUUCACAGUUCUGGUCGCAUCGCCUCAGAAAAGAUAUUGCAGAGCUGGAAAAGGUUCAGAAAAGGGCAUCCAAAAAGGCUUUUUCAAUGCCCCUAUGUGGAAAGGUUGCUGGGUUUGGGACAUUUUAGUUAAGAGUAAAGGUGAGUAAGAGGUGACAUGAUAGAAAUUAAUAAAAUUGUGCAUGGCCUGGAGAAAACUCCCAUUCCGUCCUGUCCCCCUACCCUGUAUCUUAUAACUCUAGAACUCGUGGAUAUUCAAGGAAUCUGAAUGUUGAAAGAUAAUCAUUAAGGACAAUUUUAAAAAGAAAGUGCUUCUUCAUGCAUUUCAUAGUUAAGCAAUGGAACAUUCGUCCACAAGACGUAAUGAUGACUACCAACUUGCGUAGCUUAAAAUUCAUGGAUCAUAAAGCUGUCCUUGGCUACUUACUGGCCAUAAUGGAGCCUAUGUUCUGAAUACUUCCAAAAACCAGCUGUUGGUAACCCCAGGAGGGGAGAAGUCUCUUGUGCUUGGGCCCUGCUUGGGGGUUUUCCAUAAGCGUUUGGUUAGCCACUGUGUGAACAAGAUGCUGGACUAGAUGGGCAAUUGGCCUGUUCUUAUAUUGCCCUUUCAACACCAGCCUAAAUAUUUCCAAUUUCCCAAUCCUUCUAAGAUAUAGUUCUUUUCAGUGGUAUGGCUGGUGGGUGGUUUUUAGGUUCUGUAUUUGGUAUUUCAUCUCCUGUAUUCCUUGAGUUCGAGUAUUAUGAGAGGGAGAGAAAAAACUCUCCCCAUUUUCUCCAAAUCACAUGUUGCAACCUUUCCUCCUAGGGGACUUGUUCCAGUCCCAAGAUCUUGGUACAGGCCUCCCUGGAUAGGCUGUAACUAAGGCUUGUGGGUGGCUGUUUCCAAAACCAGGGUGGACUUGUCCAGGCUGAGGUCGCGAGGUGAACAGCUGGAGAUGGAUGCUUUGCAGGAGGCUCUGGCCUCUCAUUUCGGAGCAGGAAUGGAGGAGCAGGGUGGUUGACUGAGAGGAUAUAUUUGGAUGCUUCGGAGAUGGAAUGCAUCUGAAAUUCUUUUUUUACCCUUCCUCCGAGCUUAAAGCAUUUCGUAGCUGGGCAGGUGGAGAUUGGCAUUCCUUCAAGUGAAAAAUGUUAGGAAUUGGCUUCCAAAGGGCCUCCCUGGCUGUCUGGAAUAUAUUUCUGCCCCCCCCUUUUUGGGGGCUAACAUCUGAUGCAGCCCCCACCACUAUCACCCCAAUCUCAGACUGCAGAAGCACUUGCGAUUUUUACGGAUUGAAAUGUUAAUAGCGUCAGGAUAAGAGUAAAAAAUUGGCCACUCACAGAAGAUCCUUCCUGCAAGGGGCAGACUUUGGUAAUCAUUCGUAGGAUUGCGUCCAGUGCAAGACCAACAUUUGGCGGCCCCAAAUGGAUAUUCUCAGUUGUGGAUCUUCUCAAUUUUUUACCCCCUUCAGCUUGGCACCCUGCGUGGGGGAAAUGUACGCAAUGCCCCAUAUCCAGUGCUGCUCUAGCCUAUUCUGUUCCUUCAUGAGCCAUCUGACUUUUUUGGGGGGGAUGAAGUCAAAUCCAAAGCAGUGACUCAUGCAGAAACACAUUAUUAAUUAAUUAAUUAAUUAAUUUUUUGAUUUAUUUCUACCCUGCUUUUUUUUUUUAAAAAAAAAGUGGCUUACAAAAAUUAAAGCAAGGCUAAAACAUUGAAAGCAAAAUACAUAUAAUGCACCAUUUUAAAAGUACCAUAUUUUUUGCUCUAUAAGACUCACUUUUCCCCUCCUAAAAAGUAAGGGGAAAUGUGUGUGCAUCUUAUGGAGUGAAUGCAGGCUGCGCAGCUAUCCCAGAAGCCAGAACAGCAAGAGGGAUUGCUGCUUUCACUGUGCAGUGAUCCCUCUUGCUGUUCUGCCUUCUGAGAUUCAGAAUCUUUUUUCUCUUGUUUUCCUCCUCCAAAAACUUGAUGCGUCUUGUGGUCUGGUGCGUCUUACGGAGCGAAAAAUACGGUAAUUUAAAAUGGAUUUGAAAUCAUGUAAAAAAACAAAUUUAAUAAAACACAGUAAAAACAUUAAAAACAACACAGCACUGCUAAGGUCUUCUGCAGUAAUGUCUCUCUCUAAUGCAGAGAUGGGGAAACUAUUUCAAUCUGAGGGGCAUAGCCAACCUUCUGGGGUGGGGGAAAUGUGCUAAUAGUGGGUGGAGCCAGAGACAAAAGUGGGUGGAGCAAAGGAUAUUACUUUGUAGAGUAGGCUAGAUUCCAACCAUGCAAAAGUCAGAUGUUUCAAUUUUCUAUGCAUAAACACACAUGUGCAGACAGAUGACAGACUACUCUCCAUCAGACAAGCAAGAGGAAGUUCAAGCAUAAUUUCAAACCAGCCGAAAGCACAGGAGGAGAGUGCAGACCAGGUCCAGUGAGGGGUGCAGCCUUAUAGAGAGGGAUGUUGCUUGGGAAGAAUCCCGGGGACCCAAUAGAAAGGCAUGGAGGGUCACAAUUAGCCCUGUGUUUCCCCACCUCUGCAUGAGCACCUGCAAAACACACCUACAGUAAGCAAGGCCUUUUAUCAGCAACAACUGUUCUUGGAUGGGGAAUGUCUGGCCACUGAUUUAUGCAUUGGUAUCCUCAAGAUUCAGUAAUUGCAGUUCACUCUACAUGGAGCUAUCCUUGGGCCUGGUCUGGAGGUUCCUGCUGAUGGAGAAUGCUGCAGCUAGACUGUUGAAGGGGACAAACUAUUGCCAGCACAUAACUCAAAAGCUUGCACUGGCUGCCUGUACACUACUGGACCAGGUUCAAGGUUCUUGUAUUCAUUUUCAAGGCCCUUAACAUUUUGUCUCUAGGAUACCUGAUACCUUAUAUCCCUGCUUGAUCACUGAGAUCUUUGUGGGGAGCCACUAUUAGUGGAUCCCCCAUGGCUCAGAUGCAUGGCUUGAAUCUGCUAGAAACCAUGCAUUCAGUAUUGUGGGCUCUAUUUUAUCCCUUAGAGUUGAGGUCAGGCAGGCCCCCUCCCUGUUGAACUUCCAGUGCCCACUGAAUUUUAAUUUUAAUUUUGAGUCAUAUGUGAUUUUAUAGUUUUUAGCUGAUUUUUAUCUUUAUCAGACACUGCUUAGGGACUAUUGUAACUAAGAAGUAAACAAAUAAACUGUCAGAAUAAUAAAUAAGAAUAAUAACUGAAGUUUUUACGGCUUAGGCGGGAUGGUUUGGAAGGAGGUGAUUCUUCAUAUAUUUGGGUCAAAAGCUGUUUUAAGGGUAAGUACCUGCAUGCUGAUUUUGGCUCAGCCAUGAAUAGUCACCCAGUGUAAUUCUUUCCAAAUUCAAGUAAUAUAAUUCUGGUAGCCAAGUUCUAUAUAAAUCGCAUCAGUGCUGGCCCUAUUCACAUAUUUACAUAGCCACUUUCUGCUGCAGUCUGUGAUGUACCUGCAUGUGUGACUCAACCCAGAGAGCUUGAUCUCCAUGACUGCUUUCUAAAUCGCAGAAACUGGCCAUUAGCUCCACUGACCCCCAUCCUUGCUUAUUAGCUGAUCCCCAGGUCUCUAUUACAAAUGCAACCCAUAUACAAAUAUGGAUUUGAAUGAAUUUUAUAUAGGAGAUGGUGUUGAUGUUGUUUAAAUUGUUGUUCUAACUUAUAUAUUAUUUAUGCAUUUAGACAAUUUAUAUAGUCCCCAAGCAGUGUGCAAAGACUACAGUAUAAUGUAAACAAAAAUGGGUGAAACCCAUAAACUUAAAAUGCCUCCUGAAAUAAAAUUAAAAAGUCUUUAGUGAGGCCAGGAGUUCAACUGUAAAGGGACCUGUCUGACCUCAACAGCGGGGAGGCGGAUUUCCACACAUUGGGCUCACCAUGGUGAACAUACAGCUCCUGGGGGAUACAAGCAUGCAUCCAUAAUUGGUCCCCCCCAGUUGUUUUAAUAUAUAAAAAGGUGACACCUGCUUUCAAAUAUUCAAUUGCUCUAUGCGUGCUUUAAUUGUAAAUAGCUUUGGCAUGCCUCAUGGGAAGCAAUUGACAAAUGAAAUAAUAAUAAUGAACAAUAAUAAUAACUUUUGCUCACCGUUCCCACCAGCCAGGAGCCCCUAUCACACAUGCAUCCCAUGUAUAACCAGGACAUUGUGACUGUGUUUUGUUUAUUUGCUUUGCCUUAUAGCUCUCUAGCAUUGCACAGUUCAUGAUGAAAAUCACCCUCAAGAGACAAGCAAAGAUGAGCCUGGUGGACAUAACCAAGAUUUUCUCCAUGCUCCAGCCCAGUGAAGAUGAGGAAGGCGAUGAAGAAAGACAGGAGCUGAAUCUCGCCGUCUCCCAGGACAACUACAGACUUCUGGACGAACUGUUGCGCCAAGAGAGAUACAGGCGGUUCAUCAACAGCAGGAGCGGCUGGGGGGUGCCAGGGACCCCGCUCCGCCUGGCGGCUUCAAAGGGCCACGUGAGGUGCGUCAAGGUCCUCCUGGCCCAUGGAGCCGAAGUGGACAGCCUGGACGUGAAGGCCCAGACACCACUCUUCACAGCUGUCAACAAUGGCCACCUCAACUGCGUGAUUGCCCUCUUGGAGGCAGGGGCCAGUCCUUCUGGCAGCAUCCACAACAAUUGCACCCCACUGCUCACGGCAGCAAGAGAAGGGGACAUCGACAUCCUUCAAGAACUUUUAGAACAUGGGGCAGAGGCCAACGUCAAAGCCAGAGUCCCGGAGUGGGCGGCCAACUCUGUUGCCUGCUCGGGCCCUUUGUACCUGUCCGCUGUCUAUGGGCACUUGGAGUGUUUCAAGAUGCUGCUGCUCCACGGUGCGGAUCCCAACUACAACUGCACUGAUGAGAAGAUGAUCACCCGCAUUAAGCACCCAAAGAGUCUGCUGGAAAUCUGCUUGAGGCACGGUUGUGGAGCCGAAUUCGUCAAACUCCUGAUAGAUUUUGGAGCCAAUGUGUACCUACCGGGUAUUGUGCUCGAUAAGAUCUCAGUGAACUCUGAGAUGCUGGAUUUGUUGGCCAGAGAAAGAGGUAACUUUUUGCCAUUUAUUAUUAUUAUUAUUAUUAUUAUUAUUAUUAUUAUUAUUUUGUAACAUCCAUUACUGUGUAUGCACCAUACAUUUUAAAGCGCGCACACACCUUCAAAGAAUCCUGGAAAUUGUAGUUUGUUUAAGAUGCUGGGAACUGUAGCUCUGUGAGGGGUAAACUACAGUUCCCAGGAUUUGUUGGGGAGAGAAAUUCACUUUAAAUGUACGGUGUGUACACAGCCACUGUUUUUUAUUGUCACAACAAUACAAACACAACACGUAGGCUAAUGAUAUCAUUAUUCUAUUAUAUAUUUUCUAUGUGUUGUGUUUGCAUUGUUGUGAUUAGUUCUUAUUGCAACACAAGGGUUUGUUUUUGGUUCGCUGUUUUUUAUUGUGACAUUCAUGUCUUGUCUUUGGAAAGGACCUGCUUGUUAAAGCAAACACAGCCAACUAAAUUCACUAAAGUGCAACUACUUUGUCAAUUAACAAAUACUGUUUAAAUUGAAUAGAUAUACUCUGAUAAAGUAACAAAAAGGGCCCCUUAAUAUGCUCAGUUGCAAAUUUAGGACCCGUCCACCUGUAUUGUGUAAAUGCCUGAUCAGAUGUGUGGCCCUUCCUGCCAAAAGUAUUUGGCUCCAGCCACUUUUCCUAUAAGGAAUGUGCAUUGGCUUCACCCCUCUCACCAUAUACAUCUUUCAGGAUAGCUCUCCAGAAUUUGAUCAAAUACUUCAAAUACUAGGGAAUAGCUCAGUGGUAGAACAUCAGCCUUGCAAGCAGAAAGUCCCAGGUUCAAUCCCUGGCAACUCCAGGUAGGAUUAGGAGACACUCAUGUCUGAUAGAUCAUCUCCCUGUCUGUCAUGAGGAGGUGGAUGUAGAUUUCAGUAAAUGUUAGAACUGCAAAAUUAUGAACACCUGAGGUGUUUCUCUAAAGUGCCUUCCCAUAUUUCUGUUCAGCUCCCUGCUUUUGUUCUUGGCUAACGCCUCCGACAUUGAGGAGUUCUGGGGGGCUUGAAAGCUCAGCGGUACAAUCAUCAUAGUCUCUCCAUUUCCUUUUUCCUUCCCACCCCCUUUCCAGCUGUCCCCAAAUCCUUGAUGUCGCAAUGCAGACUAGCAAUCAGGAAGUUCCUAAAACUGGCCAACCGUCCCUUUGCUGUGGAUCAACUGGAUAUCCCACUGUCGCUGCUGAACUACCUCAAACACCGGUCGUAACUGAAGAUCAAAGUUGGAACUGCCCAGGGUUACCAAGUAUUGUAACUGAUUAAGGGUAAAGCAAAAAAAAAACAUUCUAAGAAUAGAAAGAAGCGUGAUUUGGUGGCAUUGUUUAGAUUUAUUGUGUGUGUGUAUGUGUGUAAGUAUUGCCUAUGCUGCAUUUAUGCAAGAACACUGUUUAUUUUUCUUUAGAGCCAGUGUGGUGUAGUGGUUAAGAGCGGUGGACUCGUAAUCUGGUGAACUAGGUUCGCGUCUCCGCUGCUCCACAUGCAGCUGCUGGGUGACCUUGGGCUAGUCUUUGAAGUCUCUCAGCCUCACUCACCUCACAGAGUGUUUGUUGUGGGGGAAGAAGGGAAAGGAGAUUGUUAGCCGCUUUGUAGUGAUAAAGCAGGAUAUCAAAUCCAAACGCUUCUUCUUCUUUCUUUAAGCAGAAGUCAAUCAAGUGGAAUGAAAACUGAAAACCUCACUGUAUACUGUAGAUAUAUUCUAGAUUAAACACCCUAUUUUGUUAUUAUUUUUAAAAGUACCUGGCCAAGGUGUUCUUGACCAGUCUUCCCCAAUCUGGUGCCCUUCAGGCGUUCUGGAUUGCAACCAGCGUCUGCCCAUGCGUGAGGCGAGGUGAAGCCAUUUGCCUCAUGCAGCAGAUCUGACCCCCUCCCCGCUUCACUGUUACCCCAUUCCAAGCCCCAUUCAUGCCGCCAACAAUGUACUCACUGCACCCUUGCCACAAAGUUGGGCCAGCAGUGCAGCUACAGGCGAGGGUACAGGUGCAGUGAUGGGACUGGCAGCAACAUGGGAGCAAUGGCGAGGUCAGGCAGAGGGAGGGGACCCAGAUCUAUGGGGUUGGGGCAGGGGGAUUAGGUGUUUUGUCUGCAGCAGCAAAAUGUCUCUGACAGCAACUCACAUCAUCCCCAGCCAGACCAGCUGUUUGAGAUCCUGGUCCCCCUUACAGUGUAGAGCAUUUCUACCAAGGCUGCUAACAGCCUGAUCUUAUGCAUGCCUGCUCAGAAGUACGGUACCUAUUGAGUCUAAUGAGGCUUACCUUCCCACCCACCACUUACUCCAGAUAACUGUGUGUAGGAUGAGAGCAGGCUAAAACUGCAUUUUACAGAUCAGUCCCACUGGGGAAAAGGUGAAACUGUGAGAUCCUCAGCAGAGCUACCACGAUUUCUUAAAUGCAGCCAGCUCAUGCCAGCCCAGGUGGAGGCAGAAAAGGGAAACAUUUGUUUUUCUUUCUUUGGUUUGUUCCCGUUGCCUCCAGUGGGGCAGCCAUGGAUUGUGGAUAUUUAUGCCAUCUCCCAAAGAUGAGAGAUGGCACAUUCAGUAUUCAUAUUGAUGUUUUAAUUUUCUUUCAUUCUAUAGAAUUCAAUUUGUCAUAAUAUAAAAUACGACAUAUUACAAAAUAAAAGGAAGGAAUAAAAUUCAAUUUAAAAUCAUACAGCGUUCAGCACACCACAUUAUGAUUUCUACAAUGGGAAGAAAAAUCAUUAGGUGGUCUGUCAAUACUGACAGCAAUUUUCAAAUGCUUGGGAACCACUACUCUAUUGGAUGUUACCUUUUUCUUCAUUGGCAGGAAUAAGAAAUGCAAUAAUAGGUUUGUAGUGUUACUUGUAAAAAACAUUAUUAAUUCUAUGGGGGGGACAGAGAGAAUGUUGUUUACAUUUUAAAGCACACACACUCCAAAUUGCAAACUACAGAAAAAGGGGAAAUAGGUUGAAAUAAUAUCAUCAUUACAAAAUACAGAGAAUAUUUAAGAAAUAUUAAUUAAAAAUGCAAAGGACACAACAUUUAUAGAGCAAUUUUGAAAGCAACCUCAGAACACUCAGCACAAUGUACCUUUCUUGUUUUGAAUUUAUUUAGUUCAUCUACUUUAGCCAUUUAUACUCCCACUCUUCAGGAUACAAAUCCUUCUAAGUUAGCUCACAACAAAACAAAAUUGGUUUUAAAAACUAGUUCUGCAUGUUCAUGGCAUGGUUUGAAUUGUGGAAAAGCUGGCUAUGGGAGGCACUGAUUGGCUAGUACCCUUGUCAUCACCAACACACCUCACAAACCCCUGGAACUUUGCAACUAUUAUUAAAAUGCUUGCACAUUUUUUUUUAUAAGGUGAUGAAUUGAUGAACAAAGAGGCAAACUCAAAGAUGGACCAGUGUAUAACUAGCUGACUUGUUUGUAUGCUCUGUCUUAAAAAAAGGUAAAGUUACCCUGACCAUUAGGUCCAGUUGCAAACGACUUUGGGGUUGUGGCGCUCAUCUCGUUCUAUCGGCCGAGGGAGCCGGCGUUUGUCUGCAGACAGCUUCCGGGUCAUGUGGCUAGAAUGACUAAGCUGCUUCUGGCGAACCAGAGCAGCGCACGGAAAUGCCGUUUACUUUCCCGCCAGAGCGGUACCUAUUUAUCUACUUUGAUGUGCUUUCGAACUGCUAGGUUGGCAGGAGCUGGGACCGAGCAACAGGAGCUCGCCCCGUCACGGGGAUUCGAACCGCCGACCUUCCGAUCAGCAAGCCCUAGGCUCUGUGAUUUAGACCACGCCCCAUGCUCUAUCUUAACCCUAAGCAAUAAUGCCCAUUUCACAUGAUAUUGAGAUGAGUGGUGAGAUAUGUUGUUUUGUUAGUUUUAAAAAACAAUAGCAUAUAAAAUCACUACCACUAGAUGCCACUAUUGAUCCAAAUGCAAGGCCAAAAUGCAUAAUGCAUGAUUGGAUCUCCUGGUGUUUUUAUUUUUUUAUUUUUACUUAAUAGCAGCCCUGGCAGGCUCCAAAUUCAGAUGGAGUAACUGCAGGGAGAAGGGAUGCUCAGGCCAUUUUCCUGACCUAUAUUGCCCUAACUUUUUUUUUAAGCAUUUAGCCCUGAAGUGGAAGUGGUUGGGGAAACAGGUACCUGUGUUUCCUCCUUGUCCCCAGGGCUGACAGCAGCUUUGAUGGAUGAGGACUUAGCCUGGGAAAAUGGCACAGGGAUUAAGCACUGCUCUCCAUCCCAGUGCUGCUGUUUCAGUUGAUCUUGGAAGCUCCAACAAUUGCUUUGGAGGAAGGGGGGGCAGGAAUCCAGGCACUCCAGUCAUGGACCUCCUCAGGAAAUACUUACCUUGGCCUGCAGCCACUCACUUGGCUGAUGGAUUGUCAGUUCCUAAGGCUCUUUCUUUUUCACUUGGGGGGCCCUCUAUAUGUUUUGAACUAAAGCUCCUCCUAGCCCCAGCCAAUUCUGACCAUAGGCCAUGUUGACCAUUGGAUGUGCCGGUUGGAGCUGAUGUCCAACAGCUGUGUGAAGAACUGUCCAGCAGAGCACAGGUGAAAAGGCUCUGUCUUUCUAUUGCCAUAGGGACCACAGAAGUGAAUCCGAAGGGAUCUAUGAUGUAGUUUCAGUCUUGAGAUAGACAGCAAAAUGCAGAGUCCCAGCUCCUAAGAGUUAGAACACUCACUUUUUGUUCUGUUUCUCAUAAGCAGCUAAUGAAGUAGUAAGCAACCCUGCAGUUGAAUUGCAACUGGAAGGAUCAGAUUUAUUAAUUAUGGUGGAAGGGAGACGGAUUUCACUAGAAAACUAGAUUAUGGUUUUGAUAGAUCUUGGAGGGGUGCAGGAACGGGCAACCAAAAUGAACAAGGCAUUGAAACAUCUUGCCUAUGAGGAGAGUGUUGGGUUUGUUUGUUUUUAGUUUAAAAAUUUGGCAACUAACAUGGGACAUGUAGAGGUCUGAAAUGCAUGUAUUUUUAUGUUGUGAUUUUAUAUUGUGAACCACCCUGAAACCUGUGGGUAUAGGGCAGUAUACUACUACUACUACUACUACUACUAAUAAUAAUAAUAAUAAUAAUAUCGUCCCCCCGACCCAAACUCCAUAUGCGAACAUGGGGCCAUCAGUCAAUUGGGACCUGCACAACUUUGUUCAGUGAACCUGGGAGAUCAAGGUUCACUCAGCCACGAAGCUCACAGGAUGACCUUGGGCCAGACACCAUCUCUUAGCCUAGCCUACCUCACAGGGUUGUUGUGAUGAUGACAUGGGGGCGGGGAGAACUAUGUACACCACCUUGAGCUCCUUCGAAGAUUAAGGUGAUGUGUAACUAUAAUAAAUAAAAUAAACUUUGGGCCUAAAUAUUUUUAGGAUUGACUCUUCCUAUAACCUGCCUAGCCAGUGAGAUCUACUGGGAAGGCUCAGCUGUGAGCCCACCAGUAAGUGUAGCCUGAAGAUAGGGAGCAAUGGCCUGAUACAAGGCCUUCUCUGUUGUGGCACCCAGUUUGUGGAACUCCCUGCCUCUAGAAGUGCAGUAAGUACCUUUGUUUUUUAAGUUCCUUUGAUAUUGAGCUUUCGUUGUCAGCAUAAGAUAUGUCAACUCCCGCUAGCUUUUAUUAUUUGUUUAGUUAUUUAUUAUUUCAUUUCUAUCCCACCAUUUCCCUAAGGAUCUCAGUGUGGCACCCAUGAUUUAUCUGUCCUCAACCCCAGUUUUAUGUUCACAGAAAUCCUGUGAAGUAGGUCAGGCUGAGAGGAAAUGACUGGCCCAAGGUCACCCAGUGAACUUCACGGCUGAGUGGGGAUUUGAACCCAUGUCUUAGUUCAAGAUUCUAACUACUAUACGACACUGACUCCUAUCUCUUGGAACCUUUUAAUGGCAGGAACUGCAAAAUUGAUUUCAUAUUUGUUGCUGUAUUCUGACUGUGUAUUGUAUUACAGUGGUACCUCUUGUUACGAACUUAAUUCAUUCCGGAGGUCCAUUCUUAACCUGAAACUGUUCUUACCUAGAGGCGUGCUUUUGCUAAUGAGGCCUCUUGUUGCCGCUGUGCCACUGGCACAUGAUUUCCGUUCUCAUCCUGAGGCAAAGUUCUCAACUCAAGGUAACUCUUCCAGGUUAGCGGUGUUUGUAACCUGAGGCGUUUGUAACCUGAGGUGUUUGUAACUUGUGGUACCCCUGUAUUGGGUUUUAAUGUAUGUUGUUAUUUUAAUAUUGCAUUAAAAUCAUUGUAUUUUAUGGUUUUUAUCUGCACUGUAUAAACUGUUUUGUGUGGG